UAUUAAGAUAGAAUUCACCUUAAAAUCUGAAUUCUCUGAACUGAGUUCAAAAAGUGAUUGGCAAAUUUCUUAUGAGAAGAAAAAUAAAGAUUCAGAAAUAGGGAUAAAAAAAGUUCCAGAAACUGAGAUAAGUAAUACAUCCAUUCUAUCUAUUUCAGAAAUGAUUUCAGAAGAAUUAACUGAGAUACAGACAAGUGUAUUUAAUGAUUGUUUGGAUUUUAACUCAGAAUUAUUUAAUAAUGAAAAUUAUUAUGAUAAUAAGUUAGAAAAUCUCUCAAAUAGUUAUACUGGAGAUAAUAAGAUAGAAGAUAUAGAUUUCACAUGUUCAAAUGACAAGA